AUGGCGUGGCGAGGUACUGCAACCAAACCCAUCAACGUAUUCGCCGCCGAGCACAACUGGAUGCUCACUGCACAGCCUGCAUCCGUCAAGGCCAACGAGGAGGUGGGAAUGCUUGCUCCGUCACCUCCCGAGGUACCUUGCGCGAACAGCCCGAGCCGCUACAUGUACCACACCGUGACGACUUUCAUGUUAUACAAGUUUCCGGUUCCGCGCCACAGCUUUCCGGGCUUGUACUCGCAAGGCCCCCGACGAGUCCUUCCACAAAGGGAAAAGAAGGGGAAUACGUGUAGUAGGGAGCGUCGCAUGAACUGGUGA